CUCUAAAAGGCGAGCAUGAGAGCAAGGCAGAUCCUGUCGCGACCCUUUGAGAGGAGCACGCAAGGGAAAGAGCCAGAAAUGGAGCGGUGCCUGGGUCUGGGCUUCCUCCUCCUCGCCCUCCGGGCCGCCCAGCUGGCCUACGGUGGCACUCUACGCAGCCAGAUUGUCGGGGGGCACGAAGCCAGACCACACUCUCGACCUUACGCAGCAGCUCUGAAAGUAGAUGGAGACUUUAACUGUGGGGGCUUCCUGGUGGCCCCUCAGUGGGUGAUGACCGCAGCCCACUGCAAUGGAGACAUCCAAGUCCUCCUGGGAGUUCAUGAUCUGGACGCUGUAGAAGAUUCCCAGCAAGUGUUUGGUGUUGAAAGCUAUCACCAACAUCCAGAAUACAAGCUGCAUGGUGGAACGCCAUUCAAUGACAUCCUUCUCCUGAAGCUGGAUAGUGAAGCCAAGCUCAACAAGUAUGUCCAAGUCAUUCCUCUACCACAAAGCGAAGAUGAUCUCCCCAAAGGCACAGAAUGUGUCAUAGCCGGCUGGGGACGAAUCGAUGACCGCUAUGAGCCUUCAACAAAGCUUUUCAUGACCAACGUCACGCUCCCUGGCCGCAGGAAAUGCCAUCAGUUCUUCCCAGAACUCACCGAUGGGAUGAUUUGCGCAGGAAGCCGCUCCAAGCUCUGUGAUGUCAGCAACGGGGAUUCCGGAAGUGCUAUGGUGUGCAACGGGGCGGCCCAUGGAGUUGUCUCCUACGGUUUCCAUGUGCCACCAUCCAUUUACACUCGUGUUGCUGGCUACCUUCCUUGGAUCAGAAAGGUAAUGGGAUGAGGCCGAGAGAAGACGGGAUCAUCAGCCACCUUCAAGUUUCUUGAAGUUUCUGCUUUACGUCCCCAUAGGAGAGCGUCACAUGACCCUGAUUCAGCAAGACAGACACAAUAUUUGAAGAUGAGACAGGGACAGUUCUUGUUCAGGAGAGGGGGGUGGGCUAUCACAUUGACCUCCAGAUGCUAGCCAAUCAGUACGUUCCACAAUUGACCUCCAGAAUCCACCCCCCACUCUGUUCUAAAUAAAAUUGUAUUUGUACGAAUGCCAUGAGAACAGUUUCAAGCUACCUUGCACUGACCUGCCGGUAUGGUGUCUGUCUUCAACUAGACCCCAUUUACCGUUCCCUCUGGAACAGUUCUUUAUUCUUGCCCUUUAAUCAGUUUGCUCAUCAAAGAGUAAACUACUCAGGUGCACCAGACAGAAAGAAUAUAAACAUUCAGGGUAUCAGAUGUGACUUUCCCCUACCCCUUCUGCGCAUGCCCCCAACGUAGUGCUCUUGCUGAAGUCAACGGACUUUGUAUCCCUUUUGCUGUAUGGUUCAUGAAAUAAAGUGUUCUUGCAUUUCA